UGUCUUUUCUGUUUCCAGAGCCGGAGCCAUGACCUGAGACCCUGAUGACCACUGUCGGGGCUCUGGGUGACGGGCAAGUGCGCCAUGGAGCUGAAAGUGUGGGUGGAUGGAGUUCAGAGGGUCGUCUGCGGUGUCACUGAAGUCACAACCUGCCAGGAGGUGGUGAUAGCCUUAGCCCAGGCUAUAGGUCGAACUGGAAGGUACACCCUAAUAGAAAAAUGGAGAGAUACGGAAAGGCACUUGGCACCACAUGAAAACCCCAUCAUAUCCUUGAACAAGUGGGGGCAGUAUGCUAGCGACGUACAGCUCAUCUUGCGGCGGACUGGGCCAUCUCUCAGUGAGCGACCCACCUCAGACAGUGUGGCCCGGAUUCCUGAAAGAACUUUGUACCGACAGAGCUUGCCCCCCUUAGCCAAACUGCGGCCUCAGAUAGACAAGUCCAUCAAAAGAAGAGAACCUAAAAGAAAAUCGCUGACGUUCACAGGAGGUGCCAAAGGGCUGAUGGACAUUUUUGGGAAAGGGAAGGAAACUGAGUUUCGGCAGAAGGUGCUGAGCAGUUGCAGAAGCACCGCGGAGGAGCUGAAGCGGCUGAUCCGGCUCCAGACAGAGAAGCUGCAAGCCAUCGAGCAGCAGCUGGAGUCCAGCGAGCUCGAAAUACGGUUCUGGGAGCAAAAGUUCAACUGCAGCCUGGAAGAGGAGAUUGUCCGCCUGGAGCAGAAGAUCAAGAGGAAUGAUGUGGAGAUCGAGGAGGAGGAAUUUUGGGAAAAUGAACUGCAGAUCGAACAAGAAAAUGAAAAGCAGCUGCAGGACCAGCUUGAGGAGAUACGGCAGAAAGUCACGGACUGUGACAGCAAGCUGAAGGACUACCUGGCGCAGAUCCACACGAUGGAGAGCGGCCUCGAAGCGGAGAAACUGCACCGGGAAGUUCAGGAGGCACAGGUCAAUGAGGAGGAGGUGAAAGGAAAGAUUGAGAAGGUCAAGGGGGAGAUGGACCUUCAAGGGCAGCAGAGCCUGAGGCUGGAGAACGGCAUUCGAGCCGUAGAGAGGUCUCUGGGGCAGGCUACCAAGCGCUUACAGGACAAGGAACAGGAGCUGGAGCAGUUGACCAAAGAGCUGCGGCAAGUCAACCUCCAGCAGUUCAUCCAGCAGACAGGGACAAAGGUCACCGUGCUGCCAGCUGAGCCCACUGAAAUAGAGGCCUCCCAGGCAGACAUAGAGACAGAAGCGCCAUUCCAGUCUGGGUCCCUGAAGCGACCUGGUUCUUCACGGCAGCUCCCCAGUAAUCUCCGUAUUCUGCAGAACCCCAUCUCCUCUGGAUUUAAUCCUGAAGGCAUCUAUGUAUAACAUUGUCUUCAGGGGAAAGAUCCAGCCAAGGUACCAAGGACAGUAAAAUCCUUCAGUGUGUGCCAACUGAGCGAGGGUCUGUCCCAGGCCACUCUACCUUCUCCAAUUGCAGACCACUUGAGCCCUGUGCACUGACGCCGAACACGGAGCUGUUCACACUCGCAGUAUUGACACGUUGUCUAGCAGCUGACAUGCAAAGCCUUCAUUUUUAUUUGUAGUCUUCUGAGAACAUUAGAAAAGUAUUAGCCUAUGUUUAUACAUGAAUAAACCCUGAAUUAAAGAGUAAGGUUAUGUUAACUGUUUAGUUUAAUUUAUUCCAUGUAACUGAUUGAUGUAUGAAUGUUGCUGUUUAAUAUUUUAUUAAUCCUUAUCCUGUGAGUUAAUUAUGUUAACUGUUGUGGGCUCCUGACUGUGUGCAUGUUGGCAGAUUCCGUCCGAGCUUUGCUCAUGCAUAGCUACACGGCCUCCUGGGACGCUCACCGUCCAGACUGACUCCAGCGGAGCCCGCUGACCUCAACGCUGGAGCUUUUCCUCGCCCCCGCUUUAGUGAGAGAGUUGAGCUUUCUCUCUACUCUGGAAGCUGAUCGUUUCUUUACAGUAUUUCCCAAUGUAAAUUACCAUAUAACAUCCCAGAAACAGCUUUAAUGGGGGUAGUUGUUCAUAUAAAAUGCUUGUGGUCAUAGACUGCCAGCAGGUCAGCUGAUGGCUGCCCAUGGGUUUUCUGGUACACGCUGAGGUCUUCCUGCCUUAUGCUCCCAUGAUGUGAGGAGGAGAGAGCCCUGAAGAUAGGGAUGCUGUACUUUGGGAAUCAUGGGAUACAUUUCAGAGCAACCCACUUCCUCUGUGUAGUCCACGCCAUGCCUAGCAGGGGUGCUGUUGCCACGAUAUAAUGUGGCCGCGUGCUUUCUCUAGGCACCAGGUCAAACUAGGGAACACCACGCUCGGGUAUUUUUUUACCAAGGAAAUAAAGUUAAAUUCAGAGUAUGUUUUUAUUUUUAAGUUUGACUUUAUAGGAUAUUGGUCUUAUAUUUGUAUCAUUUUGUGUAUUAAGCCAAAAAAAAAGAGUCAAUACUUUUCUCACACACAGUGACUUAGCUGCAUUCACGAGUAAUAUUUAGACAUGCUGUCAGGACUUCCAGCCAUUUCCAUUCUCUUGGAGCACAUUUGGCUCAAUGUAACUAAGACUUUGGUCUGAAACGUGAAGCAGUUUUUAAUUCUAAAGAGAAUGCGUCCUCUGUACUACUUACAUGCAAUAAAAUAAAAGUGGAUUAAUAAAGCAACGCCCUGAUGACGCUAAGGGCAACUCUGGAUGUUUGAACACAUCUGGGCUACUUUUGGUUUACUGGGUGUUUAGUGAAGUCGAUAAUGCAGCUUUGUUUAGGUUUCCAGCGAGAGGACUAAAGAAUGGCUGUGAAGUAAUAGAUGCUUCUUGAGAAUUGAAAGCCAUGAAUGUUGCCCCUUACCCACAUAAGUAAAUAAAUAUCAGACCUCAACCUGAUGUCUUUGGGUCCUCGGACUUACCAAGCUGAUCUUGCCGUUACUGCUCUGCAGAGAACUUGAGAAGGAACCGUGGCCUGUACACAUUUGAUCCAGAUUUGUAACAGUUGUUUCAUAUCUAUAUAUAUAUAUAUAUAUAUAUUUAAAAAUAAUAAUUCAAAGUGAUUUGUAUCUUUUUGUGACAGUGGUGACUCAUGACGCCCAGCCCAUGCCUUAUUCUGUCCUGUACAGAGCAUUGUUCAGCUACAGUAAACCUUGACCACAAAGGUAAACAUUAUACAAAUGGAUUGUCUUCAAUUUAAGCCAAAAUGUUAAUGAGAAAUUAAAGACAGAGCUGGGCAUGGUGGCUCAUGACUAUAGUCCCAACACUCAGGAGACUGAGGCAGGAGAGUUGCCACAAGACCCAGGCUGUCCUAAGUUCCGUGCAGUCUGGUGUGCGGCCCUAUCUCAGAGGAGAGAAAAGAACCUGCACGGUUGCUCGGCACGCCUGGUGGAGCAGCGCAGCACAGCUCACGAGGUUGCUGGGAACUGCCAGGUUUCACAGGGACUCUAAAGCAGGCAGCACAUCCCACCAGCUCCCGACAGCCCUGGCUCUCCACCAGUAAGUACCACACUUUACAUCUCUACCAGUGUCAGCUCUGAAGCUGCCAGCUACCCUCCAUGGGCCUACUUAGACACACAGACAGCUCCCGGAUGGGCGGGUGUGGCCAUGUGGGCUCACAAGCAGACUGACAGCUGGCCUGUGUCACAGGUCCAGGAUUCCCCAAGCACACCACUGUCAGAUGUUUUCUAAGUCUUUUGUAGCUAGAGAAAACAACUCAUUUCCCUACAGAAGUUCAGUCUGCUGUGCCUGUUUUUACCUACUAUGGCUACAAGCGCAUCGGCUUUCGAGCCUUGUCUGUGGCCACAUCUCAGAGGGGCGCAGUCUAUGGGAUUCAAAAAAUACCAAAUGUCAAAUUUUGCAUAUGGGGAAACAAAUAUCCAGGUUCUAAAUAAUAAAUUAGAUCACAAAUUUUCCUGUCUUUUAAAUUAGCACUGCAGGUUAUAUUACGUGGUUUUUCUACAGGUAUUAAAUAUGUGAUAAGUUUUAUUCUGACCAGUGAAUAAUUUGAAUAUCAUUGGUCUGUUUGACCUCUAGAGCAUCUUUGUUCUCAGAGAAUCACCCACAGUGGGUUACCUCAUUUUUCUGUGUGUGUGUGUGUGCGCGCGCGUGCGCACGUUUUAUUUUGUCAUUUUCUUUAUAUUUUGGCUGUUAACGUUCGUUUUUGUCUCAGUGAACAGGGCGUUUUUUUAUAUGUGAGGCUUCAGAUGGUGCUGAAGCUGCCCUUUGAAUGCCCACUUAGUUAUCAGCGGCUGGGCAGCUCGGCAGCUCCUAGAGUUGAAGUCAGUUUAAACAAGAGCCGUUUCCAGCCUGGCAUGUAAGGUGAAAAGUGGAGUGUGGUGGCACAGACCGAUCGAUCUGCACUGCUCCCACAGCGAAGACAAAGUGCAGUCCUGCGCUAACACAGUCUUGGUCCGAGACAAGGAUGCUAUGCCAGGGAUACCUUCCCAAGUAAGGACUGACAGGCUGAAGAA